AUGGAGUAUUCAGAAUUCACCCUGUCUUUUAACGUCAACCUGCUCCGCCCUGCCUCUGAGAACCCGCUGCCCGGCCAGCGUCAAUUAGAAGAGUGGCUAGUCGAAGAUAUCCUGGACUCCCGCUGGCAACGGAGCCUAAGCCUCACUUCGACGGAGCUCGGUCCUAAGGAGGGGAGUACUAUCACGGUACGAGCCCGCAGCCCGGGCCUGCGGAUGUUUAUCCGACGGGCGGCCCCCUAUAAGGAUCUAGACCUCGCCAAAACCCGUCCAAAACCUAACCCACCCGCCAAGAACCCGACCCGACCCGUGGGCGGGUUCUGA